AUGUCGCCGGGCCCCAACACCACCAGGCGAGUGGACUCCGAGUUCCGUUACAUCCUCUUCCCCGUGGCCUACAGCAUCAUCUUCGUGCUGGGCGUCUUCGCCAACGGCUACGUGCUGUGGGUCUUCGCCCGCCUCUACCCCACCAAGAAGCUGAACGAGAUCAAGAUUUUCAUGGUGAACCUGACGGUGGCCGACCUAUUGUUCCUGGUGACCCUGCCGCUGUGGAUCGUGUACUACUGGAACCGCGGUGACUGGAUCCUGCCCCCGUUCCUGUGCAACGUGGCCGGCUGCCUCUUCUUCAUCAACACCUACUGCUCCGUCGCCUUCCUGGGUGUCAUCACCUACAACCGCUUCCAGGCCGUGACGCGGCCCAUCAAGGCGGCCCAGGCCACCACGCGCAAGCGGGGCAUCAUCCUGUCGCUGGUCAUCUGGGUGCUGAUCGUGGCCAGUGCCUUGUACUUCCUCGUGGCCGAAGGCACCAACACGGCCACCGAGGAAUCUGGCCGGAACGUGACCCGCUGCUUCGAGAGCUAUGACAAGGACAGCCAGGCAGUGCUGGCCAUUCACAUCUUCAUCGUCGCCAGCUUCUUCGCAGUCUUCCUGCUCAUCUUAGUGUGCAACCUGACCAUCAUCCACACGCUGCUCGCCCAGCCGCCUCAGGCCCAGUCUCCGCGUGGCGCGGGCGUCAAGAGCCGCGCCCUGUGGAUGGUGUGCACCGUGCUGGCCGUCUUCAUCAUCUGCUUCGUGCCCCACCACGUGGUCCAGCUGCCCUGGACGCUGGCCGAGGUGAAGUGGCACAACCACCGGAACCACCAGGGCAUCAACGACGCCCACCAGGUCACGCUCUGCUUGCUGAGCACCAACUGCGUGCUGGACCCGGUCAUCUACUGCUUCCUCACCAAGCGUUUCCGCAAGCACCUGACCGAGAAGCUGCGCAGCCUGCGCGGGAGCCGCAAGUGUUCCCGGGCCACCACCGAGACGGGCACCGAGGGGGUCGCCAUGCCACUUAAUGCCUUCGCCGGCUACUCCAUCAAGCAGUAGCCAGAGUUGCCGCUCCCAAGGACCGGCCCGGUCAGGCCGGGGACGGGACAGGGACCCGGGCCGGGAGCCUGGAACGUGCCUGCCCCGGCCAGCUACUCCCCAGCCCCGAGCCAGAGGCCAGUAGACCCGGCUACCCACCACUGGCCAGGCCCGGGCAGAGCCACCCCCUCAGACCAUCGCCCCUGGGGUUCUGAGGCCGAAGAGGCCUGGACACUCCACUUGGACACCCCCAGACACCACCCUGGCACCCACCCAGGAAAAUAUCUGAGCCGGGGGGCCCAAUUCUCUCCCCAAACCCCGUGCACCCCAUUAAGCCUCAUGCUUGCGAGUUGUAAGAUUCCAUCACUGCCACAAGUCUGGGAAGGCUCAAGUCAAAGUGCCGGAAGGUCUCUGGGCCUGCUGGACCGGAGAUCCCCCAAGUGACCCAAUGCUGGUGUCAGCUUCGGGCAAUGCCACCGGCAAGGCGAUGUGGGUGUGUGUGGGUUUCGGGGCAUGAGCAUGCAAG